GUGACAUUGAUGAAAGAUGGAUUUUUUUGUUUGUCUUUUUUUCAAUCGGAUAAAAAAUUGUACUAGUAUCUGUAUACAGGGUUAAUGAAGCAAUACGAUGGUUAGACGUCAUGCUAACCAUUGUAUAGUAUAACAGCGAUGAGGAAUAUGGAUAAGUCGACAGUUGACAGGUUGUCUAUAUGGCAGUACUCGGAAGAGCUAUGUUACAAACAGAAAGGACACUUUAUGAGGGACUUGUACAGUUUCUUCAAACUUUCUUACCCAGAAGAUUACGAUUUUGUACACGAGCUGGUAGAUACUCUAUGUUGGGACCUAAAGGAAAAUGGUUUAUCGAAUGCAUUGAACACCGUGGUUGCCCGCUUGUAUGACACAAAUGAUGAUGGCAUUCUUACUAACUUUGAAAGAAGACCAUGAAAAUGAUUCCACUUCUCCACUUUCCUUCCCCAGGCUGCUCAUAGAAUCUUCAGUACUAAGAACUUUAUCAAGAGGACCUGCCAUUAACUACAAGAUUCUUUAAAAUUGUUUCAUUUAUAAACUAAAUAACUACACAAUAUAUUCAACGUUUUUAGUUCCUAGCUGGAUUUUUUUCAUUGAAAUAUCUGGUAACAGAUGGACCUGUUAACCUGUUGUUAAAAUUUAAUAUAGCUUAAAAAAACACUUCUCAUAUCUUUUUCAUUUUUCAUACGAGCAGACGAAAUAUAUCAAAAUAUUAAAUUUCAUAAUUUGUUCAUGUAUGAUUUUUCCAGCAUUGUUGAAAACAGGAGAGGAGACAGCAACACACAGUUUUGCUUAAUGAAUUUAUUGAUAAUGAAACUAAAAGAAAAUCAAAUGUACAGAUACUGUAUGAACUUUGCUUUCUUUUUAAAUAAAUGUCGAAUGUACAUGUGGAAAAUGGAAUAAAUGUAUGGUAAUACAG